AUGGAAACUGACAUGCAUCGUGUAAUUCGUACUCAAAAUUUAAGUGAUGAUCAUUGUCAAUAUUUCAUUUAUCAAACUCUUCGUGGGUUGAAGGCAUUACAUUCUGCCAAUGUACUUCAUCGUGAUUUGAAACCAAGCAAUCUUUUGUUAAAUGCUAAUUGCGAUCUAAAGGCAAGUGACAAAAAACAAAAUUCGAUAUUUUUUAACGUAUGUGAUUUUGGUCUGGCAAGAAGUGCAAAUUCCAGCGACGAACAUAGUGGAUUCAUGACAGAAUAUGUUGCUACAAGAUGGUAUCGAGCUCCAGAGAUCAUGUUGACAUUUAAAGAGUAUACCAAAGCCAUCGACGUUUGGUCUGUUGGUUGUAUUUUGGCAGAAAUGUUGAAUGGGAAACCAUUAUUUCCUGGAAGAGAUUAUCACCAUCAACUCACUUUGAUUCUUGAUGUUCUUGGUACACCAACUAUGGAAGAUUUCCAUGGAAUUAAAAGUCGAAGAGCACGUGAAUAUAUCAGGAGUUUACCAUUUAAAAAACGGAUUCCUUUCUCUAAAAUGUUCCCUGAUGCAAAUACGCAUGCUAUAGAUAUGUUGGAGAAAUUAUUAACUUUUAAUCCUACCAAAAGAAUUACUGUUGAAGAGGCUUUAGAACAUCCUUAUUUGGAACCUGUAAGAUCUUUCUUUGAUUUUGAUAAACAUAAAGAUCAAUUGACUAAAGAACAAUUAAAACAACUUAUUUAUGAUGAAAUCAUGAGACCAAUAUAA